UAUUUUUUAUUUUAAGUCUUUUAGUGAACUCAUGAACUUAACAUUCCCAUUUAUUUUCUACUGCACCGGUUUCCCUUUUUAAUUCAUCACCUUUUCUCCUCUCUUUUCCAGCCAUCUCAGAACUGACUGCUUCUCAGACCCUCCUGAAGAGUCUUUAACAUUCCCUCUUUUUUUUUUCUUUUUUUUUUUUUUUGCUCUCAGCCCUGAAGUCUGACAGUAUAGUCACAGAGAUCUGUGCUGGCGCUGCUUGUAUUUAUAUCUGUACGUAACUUGUGUCCAUCCUUAUUUGUCUCGUGCCUGAGAAGUGAAUCAGGCUCUGUGGGACAUCACACUUGCACAUCAGACGAGCUCACCCGCUAUUCUGUCACCUGCCUCCUCACAGACACAGACUGUGAUGAAGCUAAAAAGGUGAACACCUAUUCAGAGUUUCAAAAUCUUCACUAUGCUGGUUUCAUUUGUAGUAAUUAUUGCUUAAUGCUUAAUAUUACUUAACACAGUCGGUAUUUUGAAAGGAUCAACAGCGUUACAAGACUAAUUGUUGGAUCUGCACCGCGUAUUUGUUCCUUUAUUCAUUGCUCCCUCCACACUUUGUUGCUUCUGCUACUUUAUCUUCUCGUGGAAAACAUGCUCAGUGAUUCACCACUGUCCCAAUAUGAUGGCUUGCACCACUGAAGCAUGGUUAUGUUAAUAAUUACAAGUAUUUUCAUUGUUCUCUGGCAGUUGGGCACCUACCAAUUUGUAUACUGCUGAAAACCAACUGGUGGAAUCGGGGUGGACAUUUUGCUAUGUGGACUCAAGAAACUAGGGUGUGUACCACAGACCAUGUGAUAAUGAGACAACCACUCUCCCCCCGGCAUAGUUACCCCAUAGGCUUGUUGCAUCUUUACAUGUAUGCGAGUUAUAAUAUAGUUACAUCUUGCAUACAUGAAUAUUCAAAAGUACAUUUUCUAUUACACUCAGACAUGCUGAACGUGACAAACCUAACCUAAGAGAACCAGCUGUACUUUCAUUGAACAUAUUUGUUCUAGUUGGGAUAAAAUGUGUCCUCUUUUAAAAGGUACCAGUUGAUGAAGGGGAUGAGAUUGGAAGGGUUUUGGCUAGAUCAUCUCUACAACCCAUACUUCCACUCAAAAUCGGGUUACUGAUAAAGUCUCAUUGGUUAGAGCAAGCAAAACUGUGAUGACUUUCACAGGUCUCAUUAGUAAUGAUGCACCAACCAAAGCAAGGAUUAAAAACGCUUUGUUCAACUUUGUCUAUGGCGACAUCCUGAAUAACAUCCAGAAGUCUCUCUAACAAAAAUCAUCUGUUGUUGACACCUGAGUGUUCAUGAACUCAGAGAUGACCUUCUCCUAAGGAAUGGUCAUCCUGCACAAUCUAAUCUAAAAGUCUUAAUGGAAAGAUGUAAGGGUAUCACAAAAGUCUCAGAAAAAGUAUUCAAGCGUGUUUCUAUGAGCGCACUUCCCAGACAUUGUGUGGUGGACACAUGGGAUACAAAAUGCACUCUGAAAGAAAUUCAUCACUGCACACCAAAACCUUAUAACUGUGAAACAUGGUGGAGGGAGCAUCAUGCUUUGUGCCUGCUUUGCUACCUCAGGACCUAGAGCCUACCAUACAGUUACUUAAACAGUGAUUUCAAUAUUGUUUGUAAACCUUGGAAAUCCCUUCAAAGCCCUUAAGGCUUGAGCAUUUUUUUGAGCUUGGUUAAGUCCAUACAUCAGAAGGCAAAUCUUCAUUCCGUUCUUUCUGCUAUAUUCUGAACAUGGAGUUAAAUUCCCUGGGGUCUUACUCAUUCCCUUUGGGAGAGGAAUAUGAGGAGAAUUAUGCAUUGAUCUAAAAGCAAUCUGUGGUGCACAGGAAAAGGAUGUUUCCAUUGCUCUGUCUGUCAUGCUUCAUUUCUCCUCCACUCAGCUAAUGACCCGGUCUUCCUGAUACACAAAUAGAAUGCAAGGAGAGCAUAUUAGACCUUUUGCUGUCAUUCAAACUUGAUACCAUCUAAACGCAGUCUUGCACAGUCACAAUUUAUCUGGUGGAGUGGCACGUCAUGAUGUCACAGAUGGAUAUAGUUUGAUGUGGUUGUGCACAGUUGUCACAAGAGAUUUCUCAGACGUGGAUAUUAAAGAAGAUGGAGCUUUGCAUGUUGUUUCAUGUCUUGUCUGUGAUGUAACCGUGUCAUAAUGGCUUGGAUAUGAUUAGUGUCAAGGUGGAUGAAUGGUGAUGCAGCAUCUGUCACAUUGAUUCCAGGUUUACUAGUAAUUGUCUUUAUUGUAAUGCAUCAGAAAGUUUGGCAUAAAGUGGCUGAGUGUAAUAACCUGUUUAUACAAGAUGAUGGUGUGAUCGUGAUGUGAUGCUCAUUUUCUGGUUUCUCUACUGUUUGGCUCUAAUAUUUAUUCAUAUAGCCUUGAAUAAGGCAUUGCAAGUGAUACCAUGUUCAACAGUGAUGUUUGGCCUCAUUGGUGGCCAAGAUAUCACUCUUGAACAUAAUGUGGAAGGAUUUGCUUAAUUUACUUUCUAUGGGAGCCGCAUGUGGGCAGAGUGGACACUCUUGUCAUGUGUUUGACAGAUUUUCUAUGCGCAAGCAAGCAUUAUUGUGCAUAUUGUAUAGUACAUUGGAUAUACUAGGUAUUGUAUAUUGGGUAGUCUACUACACAGCAAAUGCCUAUUUAAAAACUGGCUCUGUAGUGAUUUUCAAACAACAACAAAAAAAAAAAAACUGUCCAGUCUCUGAUUCAGCGUCCAUCAGCUUUUAUGAAUGACUAGUUGGGACUUUUUUUCCCUGGGUUUUUUUUUUUUUUUUUGGUCACUCACUUCCUGUCUGGUGUCAUUAUUUCCUCUUUAAGAAGUGGGUGUAUACCAUUGUGUCACAGGAGCCAGUGACACAUGGCGCACUCUUGGCUGACCAGAUGUGGUUUGUUCAUGUCAACCCUAAAGAUACGCUCACUUCAUUCAUGUUUUCUCCCGGAUACAGUAUGGAUGUCGUCUUGUGACUGAGAAUAUUGUUUUGCUGGUCCUUAUGGUUGAGGUGGUGUUAACUGCCUCUUGCCAUGCCUCCCGCCAUGACAGACCUCCUGGACAUAUGGGCGGCACACUCACCUCUGGCCGGACACGCUCCGGACCAGAUCACUGUGGACUUUUUGCUUCCCACUGGUAUUUAUAUCCAGAUGGACGUUCCACGCGAGGCUACAAUUCAGCACAUCAAACUGCUCUUAUGGAAGCAGGCUCAGAGCUUCCCACUGUUUCCUGCACUCGGCGAAAUGGAGAGCCACAUGUUCGAGUGUGUCAACCAGGCAGCCGUACACGAAGAGCUGGAGGACGAAACACGUCGGUUGUGCGACGUUCGCCCCUUCCUGCCCGUUCUCAAGCUGGUGAUGCGCAACUGUGGUCGAGCAGAGCGCCUGUUGGACUCCAAGAUCGGCGUGCUCAUCGGCAAGGGUCUCCAUGAACUUGAUGCCUUAAAUGACCAGGAGGUGAAGGAUUUUCGGAGUAAGAUGUUUCGGAUCAGUGAAGAGAGGAUGCAACAAAUACAAAUGAUGGCAUUCUCGGAGUGGGUGCAAGCCUGCUACUCCCCACAGCUGGAGCCUGCGGCAGUGACCGCGAUCACAGCCGGAGUCAACGAUGCACCGGUGGACCUGAAAGUCAUUAUCCACUUUGACCAGUCCCAGGACUCUGCCAGUCUGAAGGUGUCAUUGUCUUGCACCCCCAAUGAGCUGAUGGAGCAGGCUUUGAAAAAGUGGCUGACCACCCACGGAUCUGAGGACGCGGUAUGGAGGGGUCAGUAUAUACUGAGGGUCAGCCAAUGUCUGGAAUUCCUUGGUGGAGACCAUCCACUGAUUCAAUACAAGUACAUUCGCUCAUGCCUGCAGGCCAAGGAGGCUCCCCACCUCACCCUGGUCCACACCAGCACUGUAAAGACUAUGUUUGACAAGGAAAUCUCAGCCAUUGGAGCUGUGGUUAGCCGCAAGUCCUCCAACCCACCUUUACCGCUACCUCCCAAGAGAAGGGCUCCCACGCAAGUACAGACAUGUGUGUGGGACGUGCCUAAGCCCUUUAGGAUAGUUCUUGUGAAAGGCAGCAAGGUGAACGCAGAGGAAACUGCCAAGGUCCAGGUUAGGGCGGGGCUCUUUCACGGUACAGAGCUUCUCUGCAAGCCGGCAGUUAGCAACGAGAGUAGCGGGCGCUCAGAGCACACGUGGAAAGACAACACAGUGGAGUUUGAAAUCUCAGUUUGUGACCUGCCCCGCAUGACCCGCCUUUGUUUUGCUAUCUAUGCCGUGAUGGACAAGGUUAAGAAGCAAAAGUCCACCAAAAAUCCACACAUCAACAAGUAUCAGACCAUCCGCAAGGCGGGGAAAGUGCAUUACCCCAUAGCUUGGGUCAACACCAUGGUGUUCGACUAUAAAGGGCAGCUGAAGACUGGAGACAUCAUCCUGCACUGCUGGUCAUCAUUUCCUGAUGAACUUGAAGAGAUGCUGAACCCCAUAGGAACCAUUCAGACCAACCCAUACACUGAGAACGCUACAGCACUGCACAUCCACUUCCCAGAGUACUCUUCACACCCCAUCGUCUUCCCUCCUUUUGACAAGAUACUGGAAAAAGCUGCAGAGAUGGUCAGCGCUGACUGUGUGUCCAUUGGUCGUGGUGUUAAGAAAUUCUACAUGGAGCUGAAGGAGAUCAUGGAGCGUGACCCGGUCUCUCAGCUCUGUGAAAAUGAAAAGGAUCUGAUCUGGACACUACGACAAGAUUGUCGUGAGACUUUCCCCCAGUCGCUGCCCAAGCUGCUACUCUCUGUCAAGUGGAGCAAACAUGAGGACAUGGCCCAGCUCCAGGCACUGCUCCAGAUUUGGCCCAAACUGAGUCCUAGAGAUGCUCUGGAGCUGCUGGACUUCAACUAUCCUGACCAGUAUGUCAGAGAGUAUGCUGUGCGCUGUUUAAAGGACAUGAGUGAUGAGGAACUGUCACAGUACCUGCUACAAUUGGUGCAGGUGUUGCGUUACGAGCCCUAUUAUGACUGCGCCCUCACUCAUUUCCUGUUAGAGCGUGCUCAAAGAAACCGCCAGAUUGGACACUUCCUCUUCUGGCAUCUACGGUCAGAGAUCCACAUGCCAGCUGUUUCAGUCCAGUUUGCGCUAAUCCUAGAAGCCUAUUGUAGAAGCAACAUCCCUCAUAUUGAGGUUCUAAAGAAACAGGUGGAAGCCCUGAGUAAGCUAAAGUCAGUCAAUGAGCUGAUUAAAUUAGGGACCAUCAAGAACACUCGUAGUAAAACCAAGGAAGCAAUGUUGACCAAGGAGGCCAUGAUGACAUGUUUAAGACAGAGUGGAUACUCGGAGACUCUUUCAGACCUUCACUCCCCUCUAAACCCCAGUGUCCUGCUGUCUGACAUCAAUGUGGAGAAGUGUCGGUAUAUGGACUCAAAGAUGAAGCCCCUCUGGAUUGUUUACAACAACAAGCUGCUGAGUGGAGACACCCUGGGAAUCAUCUUUAAGAAUGGAGACGACCUAAGACAAGACAUGUUGACCCUCCAGAUUUUGAGGUUAAUGGACCUUCUCUGGAAAGAGGCAAAUCUGGACCUCAGAAUUGUACCAUAUGGUUGCCUGGCAACAGGCGACCGCACCGGGCUGAUUGAGGUCGUCUCAUCUGCAGAAACAAUCGCCAACAUCCAGCUGACCAGCAGCAAUGUAGCAGCAGCUGCGGCAUUCAACAAGGAUGCUUUGCUUAACUGGCUCAAAGAGAGGAACUCUGGUGAUGCUCUUGACCGGGCCAUCGAGGAGUUCACUCUGUCAUGUGCAGGCUACUGUGUAGCCACUUAUGUCCUGGGUAUUGGAGAUCGCCACAGUGACAACAUCAUGGUCCGCAGCAAUGGACAGCUCUUUCACAUAGACUUCGGUCACAUCCUGGGCAACUUCAAGUCAAAGUUUGGCAUCAAAAGGGAGCGUGUACCAUUUAUCCUCACACACGACUUCAUCCACGUCAUACAACAGGGCAAGACUGGAAACACAGAAAAGUUUGGCAGUUUCCGACAGUACUGUGAGGAGGCCUAUCUAAUCUUGAGGAAGAAUGGCAACCUCUUCAUUACACUGUUUGCCCUCAUGCUGACUGCUGGACUACCUGAGCUCACUUCAGUUAAAGACAUCCAGUACUUAAAGGACUCCCUGGCUCUGGGUAAAACUGAUGAGGAGGCCCUCAAGCAGUUCCGCCAAAAGUUUGAUGAAGCCCUGAGAGAGAGCUGGACAACUAAAGUGAACUGGAUGGCCCACAAUGUGGCCAAAGACAACCGGUCUUAGGGCAGCUGUAACCUUUCAAAGGCUAGGGGAGUGGUGCCAAGAGGACGCAGUGAGGGAACGUGAGAGUGUGAGGGAAGAGGCAGGAUGUGCCAAGGAGACAGGGUGACAGAGACCCUAAUUUAAAGAAGGGAAUCUAGCAGAAUAUCCAAAACUUGAGCAGACCCCCCCCCCCCCCUGUACUAUACAGAAUAAAAUCUGCCCCCUCAUUCUUCAGUUAAGCUACUCUGCAUUCUUACUUGCUGUAUCCCUCCUCACCUUGCAUCACACUGGCACGGUGCCCCGUGAGCCAUCUUCAUUCAUGGUCUUCUGACAUUUCAGUGGAAUCACGGUGGGUAAUGUCAUUGCAGAUUUUGCACAGGCACGAAAGCCGAUGGAGCACGCAGCCAAAGGAAGGGAACUGAAGCACCCACUGUGCCCACGCUAAACCUUCUCAGACAAAACUCCACACAGAACAGGCUGAACUACUGGCUAACAAGAUAAAAUUUAGGAGUGGCUGAGUUAUGUCAGAUGGACUUGAAACUCUGCCUGAACAGACCCUGAUGGAGUGCAUAUUGUGCCCACACCCCUGAACUUGUUUUAAGUAGAGCUAAGAGAUGGGUGUAGAAAGGACAGAAUGAAAUGGACAAGAAAAAAAAAAACCUCUGACUCUGUGUCUUAAAAUGGUGUGCACCACAGGAAGUGCAUCUUAACACUCGCUUCCCGUCUCAGUGUGCCUAAAAGAAAAUUCAGGAAGAUUGUAUCGUUUCGGACAUUUCUUUUUCCUCUGCCAUUUAAGAAUGUAUCCCUGGAUGUGGAUGUGCCAGAGUACAAGUCCACAAAGUCAACUUGUGAGGGAAAUGAUGAAAGAGAAGGACUGAUGCGAGAGAUGCUCUGAGCCUACUGGUCCACUGUCUGAAUCUCACUUCACUUGGACCGUUGAACACUGGAAUGUUUAUAGAGAGGCAUAUAUAAGAAAUUUUAAAUAGUCUUUUAAUAAACUAAACAGUUCAUUCUAGUUUAUUUUAUUCUGAAUUGACAAUGUGCGUCGUCUCUUUGUCAAAUCAAAAGCAUUGUUGGCCAAAGUGUUAUCGCCUGCCAGUUACCACUACCCCAGAUUGUCCUCCUUUUUAAAGAAUUCAACGCAUUACAGCCACCAAGUACACUGAGAAAUAACUGAUGCUUUUAACAUGGUAGGACCAAAACAGAAAAAAUGUUUAGCAGUUUCUUUUUGUUCUUUUUUUCUACUGUAUUUUUAACAGUCUGUUUCCAUCGAAUGUGCAGAUAUGUGCCGCUCUAUUUAAGUGUAUUUAGCCCCUUUCAGACAUGGGAUGAGUAACAUUACUGACUGACCUGUCAGUGAGACAAGCUGCAUGGUACUGCUGAGUGAGCUGCCCCCACCCUUCCCACACAGGCUCCAGUGAGGAAGAUGUCUUCUGGACCGGCAAAGAUGAAAAUCAUCAUUUAAGGGCAUUCACUACUGACGGAGCAACUCACAAGGAUGCUUAAAAGACGGGCCCAGUCAUGUCAUGUGACCUGAAGUGUAAAAAAUUAUACAAAAAUGCUUCUGGUGAGACUGAUAGCUCAACUUUUCCAUUAAAGUGAGCAGACAUGACGGUGGCCUGUUCAGGUGCCCACAGGUUAAUUGGAAGGAGUGCAUUUCUGAAAGGGCUUUUUGUCCUCAUACAAGCAGAUGUGGGCGGAGUCUGAAGUCUGGACCUGUGUGGGUGGGAUUUAUCAGUAGGGACAUUACACUGCAAUGUAAAGCUAUUUACUUGUUUCAACAUAUGGUGCUCUACCAGCAUCUGCGUCUGUUUGGAAUUUUUCUUAUUUUGUUUUUUGUUUUUUUUCUGUGCAAUAUCCCAGUAUAUGAACCAUAUCUAAUCAUAUGAAACAUUGGUCCCGGGCCCAAGCCUGUAAUGGUUUUGCCUGCUGGUUUAUGUGUGAUGCAGCUGCAUUUUGCACUACCUGCCUUCAGAAGUCUCAGACACUGGAUAUUGUCAAAUGUACAGGCUUUUAAUGUUUUGCUGGUUUCUGUUUUCAUAGGAGUUUUAUUAAAUUUAUUUUCCACUGUGCUGCA